GGGUGAGGAGAGGAGGAGAGGAGGAAGGGGGGAGGUUGAGAUGCUCGUUUCAGCACCGCGGACAGCUCCCGGUAAAAGCAGCCAGAAGCAGCGGGUCGGUCCUCUCUGCUGCUUUGGAGACAGAAAACAAAAGGGAAAGAAACUGAACAAAGAAACCUAAACUGAGGUUUUAACAUCUUUGGAGGACAACAAAUAUUUCCCAAGGAGGGAGGUUAGUUUAAAAUCAGUCCGGACUGACGUCUGUGGUGACAAGCUCCAGACAGAAAUCAUUCGAGGACUGUGUGUGCAAUCUCUGCCAAGUUUCUCACCACUGAAAGACAUUUUUUCGCCUGUUUCAGUGCUUCUCCACAGCUUCGGAAGCUCUUUUAGGGAAGUUAAAGAGAAAACAAAUAUCGUGUUGGACUAAAAAAAUAAGUUUUAUCCUUCUUUUUUCGAAUUUGUGUGGAAGGAUUUAUAUAUGUUGGAUUAUUGAAGCACAAAAAGAGCAGGCUUCUUUUUUUCACUCAGACUUGUUUCUGCGUCCACCGGUUCCCCACGUAAUGCUCUUUUUUUCCCAAGAGCGAUGGGAGUCCUGCAGCCACUAAUGUGAGCCUUUGAUGCGUCCGGAUACAUCUUCUCUUCUCUCUGCACUGAUUUUUUUCUUUCCAAGUUACCCAUCUCUGGCUUUUUUUUUUAAAGCUUCACAUCCACAGAGGAGCACACCGGACUGCCAUCCCACCCUCCUCAUUUUCCACAUCUGCUACAGACUGGUAGGUGGCCAUGGAUGGAUGAAAAAUGAUUAUUCAGAUUGCUGUGAGAUGAAGUUGGAGGCCCUGUGUCAGAACAACACAGGACACAGCUCGGGCAACUUUUGAUCCUUUUUUUUUGUAAGACUUCGAUCGAGGUGUGUUUGUAGCUGUUCAUGACGGAAAGGAUGGCGCUGAGUGGAAACUGUAGGACUAACCCCAAAGAGCAGGCUUCAGUUCAGAACAGUUUCCCAGAUGUUGUUGAAUUAAACGUCGGGGGGCAGGUUUAUUACACGCGUCACUCAACUUUGGUGAGUACCCCGAAUUCUCUACUUGGCAAGCUGUUCGCCAAAAAAGACGCAUCCAAUGACUUGGCCAGAGACCCCAAAGGUCGUUAUUUCAUCGACAGAGAUGGCUUUUUAUUCCGGUAUGUGUUAGACUACCUGCGAGACAAGCAAGUUGUCCUCCCGGAUCACUUCCCGGAGAAAGGGAGGCUCAGAAAAGAGGCGGAGUACUUCCAGCUGCCCGACUUAGUGAAGCUCUUGACCCCCGAGGACAUCAAGCACAGCCCGGAUGAUUACUUCCACAGCGAUUACGAAGACGGCUCCCAGGGCAGCGACCACCGGCAGUGCCCGCCACCCUCUUUGGUCCCCGCGGACAGAAAGAGCGGCUUCAUCACGGUGGGGUACCGGGGGUCAUGCACCAUGGGCCGAGAGAGCCAGAGCGACGCCAAGUUCAGGAGGGUACCUCGGAUACUAAUAUGCGGAAGGGUGGCUCUCGCCAAAGAAGUGUUCCAGGAGACUCUGAAUGAGAGCCGGGACCCGGACAGGACCCCGGACCGGUACACCUCCCGGUUUUACCUCAAGUUCAAACACCUGGAGAGGGCGUUUGACAUGCUGUCGGAGUGUGGUUUCCAAAUGGUGGCCUGCAACUCAUCAGUGACUGCCUCGUUUGUUAACCAGCACACGGAGGACAAGAUCUGGUCCAGUUACACAGAAUACGUCUUCUACCGUGGUCCAUCACGUUGGUCCUCCCCUCCAUGUGACUGCUGCUGCAAGAACCAUAAAGGGGAUGGCGAAGGCGAGAGCGGCACCUCCUUCAACGACCUCUCCACCUCCAGUUCUGAGAGCCAGUCGGAGACCAGCUCUCCCCAGGGAACAGUCAUCCGCGGCCCAGUCAGCCGCCAGUCCCACCCCCACGCCAACGUCCAAACCCUGGACAGGCCGCUGAAAAAGGGCCCCGUCACCAUGCUCCAGCAGUCCGAGCAACGGCGGAAGAGUGACUUGCUGCGCACCCUCACGGCCAGCUCCCGUGACACCAGCACCUGCAAGAAAAGGCCCGCGAAGGAGAAGCUAACGGUCGAGGAGGAGCUGGAAAAGUGCAUUCAAGACUUCCGCAAGAUCAAGAUCCCCGAGAGGUUCCCUGAGAGGAAGUACAUGUGGCAGUCCGACCUGCUGAGAAAGUAUCGCCUCUGAAGCAGGAAAUAGGACAGAGGGAGCAAACACAUGAGGCCAAGGACCAGUUUGUUUUUAGAUCAAAACUUUUGCAACAAAAGAGAGCUAACACUAAACUCGUUCAAAUCAAGUUUCUGGGAGAAACCUCACCUUCAUGCCAGUAGGUUGGAAGUCUACACGGAAGCUAGAAAGAAUCCUAAACAACAGACUGUUCUCUUAUUGACGUAUGUAGUAUGUAUGUGUGUGUACGUAGUUUAGGCCUACUGUAUGUACUGUAGGUGUGUGCUGUAGCUUGCUGAAUGCUUCGGAGCUUUGAAUAAUUUAUCCCAGAGGACCAAUACAAAUGGGCUAAAGACAAUGUCUACAUACUGAUCACCUGCCUGAGGGCUUGCUGACGCAUACGUUUGGGGUUACUGAUGGCUACUUGACUGCACACACUGUAAUUUGCCAUCAGCUCACUAACAAAGCAUCACGGGAGUCACAGUUUUAGUCCAAAAGAGACAAACACUGAUUUAGUAUGUGAAUGUGUGUUUAUGUGUGUGUGUUUGCACCCAGGUGGCCUAGAGGUCACAGAUAAAUCUGCAUCGGGAUCCAUUAAUAAUUCAUGGUGUUCCGACAGUGCUCUCACUAUAAAUGCGCCCGCAGAUCUCUGCUGCCAGGGUGGCGUAAACAGCUGGGUUCAUUACUUUACUUUUAGGCAACAUUUGGGGACUUCGGAGGCAGGAGGAGGUACAAUUUCAUCAGCGCCUCAAUUAAUUUCCCUCUUCAAAUAUCAGUUGUGUUGCAAAUGUACCCUGAGUGAGUCAAACUGCCCUGCAUUGCAUUAUUUUUUUUGCCACGUUCGCCAAAUGUAAAGCAAUACCCAGGUUACUGUGUUAAGGAUGAGUGCAAAGAGACAAGGAUUUGAUUUAAGAUUCAGUGGAGUUCAGAAAGUAAGGUUGAUAAAUAAGGUUUAGGACAUAUUUGCAGAGCACACACUUAUCCAUUUACUCAAAACCAUAAGCAUUUAGCCACACUGACAUUUCUAAAAUGAACUAAACACUUACAAACAUUCGCAUACUGAUACACAGAGCGAUCAAUCACAAGGUCAUUAUAAGCCUUGCCAAUAUGACACCUAAAAUAAAUACACACAGAAUGAAGCUGGAUUGUUGCAUUUGCUAACCAUGCCAGCACAGACAGAUGCUUUCUACGCUCACUGUUGACAAGUUAAUCAAUAGUUAUUGAUAAUAGGGUAUGGCAAUGGCGCUGAUAGAUGUGGUUCUUGUUUACAGUUACUAAUGAAGCUCUUGAGUUGCUGACAAAGACAAGCUGCCCGUGUAGUCAGUGAAAAUUACCUAUUAGAAGAGAAAAGAAGAGAGAGAGAGAGAGAGAGAGAGAAAGAAAAUUACCUAUUAUUCAUGUGUUCAUUUGCGUGCUUCUGGCUCUGUCAAAGUCAAAGCAAUGUAUUGCAACAGAAACAAAGAUGGCAGACAGCUAUAUUAUAAGAGCGUAACUCAAGAACCCAAUUUAAUUUCCCCAGUAGGUUGAAUUUUAUUUAUUUAAGGAGCUUGCUAGCUAAUAUGUUACUGCCAGCAUCGUUUACAACAUCGUUUAUUUCAGGGUGAAAAUUCAAUUAUUGACCGCAAUAGCGAAAGCACACAAACAUUCGCUGAUGUUGCAUUCAUUAUAUGUUCCUUUUUAGAUUCAUGAUGCCAUUUACCUGGUCAUUGCAAGAUUAGUUAAUUGCAUUUUUAUUGUAAAUAUAAAAGUAGUCAUUGAUAUGAGAAGAAGAGGAGUCACUAGAUAUCUCUGUGUACUAUUUUAUUGUGAGGUCUUAAAUGUAAUAUAUGAAGUGUCCUGAGAUGACUUACAGUGCCUUUAAAAAAUGUUCAUCACCCCUUUUUAAAGAAGUUUUCCCUCUUCAUUGCUUCUCAGCUUUGAAUCAUGACCUAUUUAAUUUUACUUUUAUGAAAAGAAAUUACAAAAAAAGACUUCUUUGCGCCAAAGUGAAACUCAAUCUUUAUGAAAUAUAUCAAUUGAUUACAUUUUUUAACGUAAAAUAAGUGACUGCAUUGGUAUUCACCCCUCAAAGUGACCAUGAGAAGGUUAUUAAAAAUGGGGCAGGUACAAAAGUAAAUUUCCAAAUCACUGAAUAUCCCUUGGGGUGUAGGUAAAUCCAUCAUUAAGAAAUGAAAGGAAUGUGACACAUGCACAAAACUGCCUAGAGUGGGAUGUCCCUAAAAACCAUGCAAGAAAGAGACUAGCAAGGUAGGCCACCAAGACACCUAUGACUCCUCUGAAAGAGUUCCAGGCUUCAGUAACUGAGGGAGGAACUGUGCAUGCAGCAACCUUUUUGCAGAUAGGAUGCAGAGAAAGCAAAUGUUGAAAAAGCACAUCAUUAAUCUAGACUAUAGUUCACCAGAAGGCACGUCAGAAAUGCUAAAGUCAACCAGAAGAUAGUUCUUUGGUCUGAUGAAACAAGAAUGGAGUAUUUUAGCCGUCAGAUAUGUUUGACGAACACAAAAACACUGCAUGUAUUCACAAACACACCGUGAAGCAUGGUGGUGGCAGUAUCAUGAUGUGGCGAAGAUCGAGAGGGAGAGUAAAGGUACAGUACAGCAGUAUUUCAGCAUAGCACAGGGCAAUCCUGCAGAACAACCUGAUGCAACUUAAGAGAAGAUAAGUUUUCCAGCAAGACAAUGGAAUAUUGAAGCAUACAGCCAAAGCUGCACAGAAAUGGAAGAAAGACAACAAGGUGAAUACUCUGGAGUAGCCGAGUCAGAGCCCAGACUUUGUGACUGAACUUAAGUAGGACUCACAGUCCCUGAGCAACCUGACAGAGCUUAGGCAGUUUUGCAGGUAGGCUGCAGCAAAGGCAGUGUCCAGAUGUGCAAGACUGAUUGACACCAAUCCACACAUGCUCGAUCUUGUAAUUGCGAUAAAAGAUGCAUUUACCAAAUAGUGACCAGAAAGGGGGAAUACUUACGUAAUUAAUGUAAAAAAAACUAAAUAAAUUGGCCAUAAUUCACUGUUUAAAAGCAAUAAAAGUGGAAAAUUUCCAAGGAGGGUGAAUACUUUUUAUUGGUACUUUGUUUGAUUUGGCUUGAUGUUGAUAAAACCAAACUGAAAUGAAAAGAGAGGACAUACAGACAAACAUAUCUUAACAACAAAAUAAGUUCUUAAAAUCUUGUAUCGGUACAAGAAAGGCAUCUUUUUUUUAAUGUUUCUUUUUCGUAAACCAAAUCUUCUGUUAGGGUCAUCUAAAAGACAUGUCCUCAGAAGCACUGGAUAAGGAGGCUUCCAAUUAUGAGACAAAUUUGAUUUGAAGUUUCUUUAAGAGAAAGUAAGUGAUGAGAUUGUUAAUACAUGUGUAUGUUGAUAACAGCCUCAGGUAAAAAUCUCGUUUGAUAGACAGCUGUGAUGAAUGAUGUAAUUUGUGUUAUGAAGUAAUAAAUAUUUAUAACUUAUUUAUAUUGCUGAAGGUUCAGAAUGACUUUCUUUGAUAGUGGAAUAGUAAUUAAAACAAAGGAGACAGCGGAAAGCCUUUUCACAGUGAGACUUGGCUGGACUUACAUAGAUUUGAUAUUGAAGGUUAUGGGAGCACAAUAGAGUGCGAUUUAUAAACAAUCAGCUUUUUGCAAAGCAAAAUUAUAAGCACACAAAUAAGUAUAUAAUAUGCAUAAUAUAAACUUAUUUAAAGAUCAGUUUAUUUAAAAAAAAAUCCCUGAUAUGUUAAUAAAAAGGAGAAUUGAAAAAUGUUUUUAUUGUAGUUAUUUUUCUACCUGAAGGCCUAUAAUUAAAUAUAAUUUUAAAAAUCCCUUAUGUUGCCCAUAAAAUGUAUUUCAGGUGAUAGAAAUCCAUAGGCAGUAACAGAUUGCUUGUCAUAGUCAGUGGUGACCAUAUGUUUGCUAUGGGAAAAAAAUGGUUGCAAUAGGUGCUAGAUACAAACCAUUCUCCUCAUGUCAAUACAAUGAAUAUACUUAUUUUUCUACAUUGCUGGAAUCUUACAUUUUCAUUUUGAAGUCAUUUAUCUUAUCAGUUGAAGUUGAAGUACUUUAAUUCAGACCACAUAUCAUAUGUAAAUAAGCACCAUACAUCAUACCAAACCAGAAAAUUGUAUUAUACUCUCUGUAUAUACCAUGCAAAUCCAUGAGGCGUUGCUGCUACUCUGUUUUUAGUGAUGCAGUAGACUGACGCUAAUGUAAUACGGCCAUUCUUGUUUUAUCAUUUAGCGUCGGGCCAUCAGGGAUGAAGGAAAAUAUAAUACACACCUAUGACAUAUUACAUGUUUACAACCAUAACAAAUGAUAUGCCAUAUGUUGUUUUUGGAGACAACAGUGUCAUAAAAGGACCGACAGCACAUUUGUCUCACGGUGCCCCAGAGGCAGUCGCUGGUGACUAAGACGUUUCAGCAAUGCCGAUUUGCAACCGAUCUUAAAAUGUAUGUUGGAAACUGAAAAUAAUAAUGAAAAACAGCCUGUUAAAAACUCAAAAGAUGUGAAUUGUUUAACCGUAAUUGUGGAGCUUUUGUUACCAUACAGUGCAGUGUUAGGACGGUCACGUUUUUGUUGUUUUGGCUCUGUACUCUGGGACAUCAGAUUUACAAUGAAACAGUGCCUGUGGGUUUAAAGUAGAGGCUUUCAGCUUUUAACAGUGUUUGAGGGUGUUCACAUCCAUUUUAGCUGAAUGGCAUACUUACUUUUAUAGGACAAUGGAUCGGGACAGUGAUGCUAAACAUGUAGGACGAGUUAACAAAGGAGGUUUGUUGUGUGUUUUUACGUUCUUGACUGAAAAGCGGGCAAUGAUUUGAUUGCACAGGAUCUGCAACCAGAAAAUAAUUUCCAAGAUGCAUUUCUGACGCUGUUCAUGUCAAUUAAAUGUAAAUACCCUCAAAUUAAAGCUGAGCAUCGUAACUUUGACCUCACCGAUCACACACGAUUGGCUCAGUACAAAGCCAACUCAUAGAAAAAUGUGACUGCGUUUUAUAUGAAUCUCUGUGCAGGUGGAUUGCAUUUCCAAUUAGUUUGUUUGAUCUGAACCAAAGGUAAAAUACAUCUACACAAGACUACAGUUUGCCUCUGGUUGAUUUUUGCUUUCAAAUUUCUGAGCAAGAGCAUGCUGACUUGAGACUGAAUCCAGAUGUUCCUCCUAUAACCCUUAAAUGGUGUGUUUACAGUUGCCGGUACAAUAAUUAUCUGACUAAAACACAGGUGCAAACAUGAUUCUUGUGAAAGGUCUGUGAUUGUCUGGCGAGAAUUGUUGCAUAGCUUUUAGAAUUUUGUUUUAUUUGUGACAUCUGCAGCAGCUCAUCUUGGGCUGUUCGUAUUCAGCCCGAGGAAGUACGCUGAUAUUGGGGAUUGUGUUUGCUCGACUCUGCCUGCCAUUUUUAAGAUAUAUGGGGUUUGUUUACUUUCAGAUGAUUCAACAACAAGGUCGAUCAGUCACAGAAAUCUAUCCGAGAGCCUUUUCAAACGCAGAUUUGUCAUAAGCUGUGAUUAGAAAUGCUUCUGAACAGACACAGAGGGAAGAUAAAUACCAAGACACCUGGUGGCCUUCUAGAGUAGACUACAGCUGUUUUUGCACAAUGUACAAAGUUAAUAAAGAGACACAAACAAGAAAGUAUUUGAAAAACAGGUAAAUAUGUAAAUCACCUUACAUGCACAACACGACUAGAAAUAAUGUGUCUGUCAUGACUCAAACAUUUUGUUGUAUUGUGGAUCAAACAGACCAGUUUUCACCUUAAGAGCACACUAGGCAAUAUUCAGUUCUUUGGUCCUGAAAUGAACAACAGAUGAUGUAAAUCUUAUUGAUAAAGUGUGAGUGAAAUUUUGUUUCAAAGUCAAAUGCCAUGUAUGAAAAAGGAAGUGAGAUUGAUGUUGAAUUUGCAGGUAUAUGUUAUAUGAAAGUGCCCCUGCUGCAGUCUGUGAUUUUCUUUUCCUGAAGUUCUAGUCAUGCCCUGAAAGCGAAGCCCGUGCACAUGACUGCAGGUCUUGUUAUUUUCCCCCUACCUUUGAUGAGCCUGCUAACCACACAAGAAAUAUUCGGAAAACCACCACAGCAGACCUGGCAAAUGGGCUACUGCUUGAAACAAUGGGGCGUCUGUUUUGAUGUAUGUUGUUCUGAGACACACACACAGAAAAAAAAAACAAGUUAAAAAGAAAAAAAAAGAAAAAAUGGUUCAGAAACAUUGUGAGCAUGUUGGUAUACAAACCUUAUAACAGAUUUAACUUAGUCUGUUUUUGUGAAAAAGAUUAUUUGACAGAAAAAAAAAGAAAAGUGGAAAAAAAGAAACAAAAAACAACAAAAAAAGAUAAGCACAAAUGUGUUGAUAGUGUCUGCUGUUCCUCCACAGGUGUAUAACAUUAUCAGAUAAAAAGUCAACUCUGCUGUGUGACUGAGCUCCUGCAAAACAGAGCAAUUCUCAUCAGGAGCACAUAGCUCAUGGUAUAUACUUGUAUCACCACAAAUCGCCGAGGAAAUAUCAAACGCCAUGUUGGUAGCUGUGGAAUUAUGAAAACCUGUCUGUCAUAGUUUCUCCGAUCUUUGAAUUAUACACAGAUUUGCGUGUCAUCAAAAUGAAUGUGAACUUUCAAACAGACAUCAGUGGUGAGAGUUGCUCUGUAUUCUAGGUGUCACGUCCUGUUACUAUGUCUGCCUUUAGAGACAGUACAAUUCAUCGGAGAAUCUUUAGAUACAAAGCAUAUAGUCAUUUUGAAGAUGUAUGAGUACAACAAAUAAACAAGACAUUCUGUACAGCGA